AUGAGGGAUACCUGGAAAACACAGUCCCCUCCCGAUAUUGGCGGCGCGCGCUCAAGGGGGGGAGACGGUAUAUCCCGAGGAUUGACGCUGGGUCUAGGACAUAAACAAAUGAAUUUGAAAUUAGGCAAAGGAAAAGCAGGAAUGGGAAUGCGAGAGGUUUCGGAACGCAAACAAGUCGGUGAUGCGGAAAGUAUGAUUAAUGAGGGAAGAGGAGGGAGCGGAAUGGAAGGAGUUUUUAUGGGUGAAGGGGGGGAGGUCUAG